UUCAGCGCUCACAGUGUUUGUUUGUAAUGGAUGCGCAUUGUGGCAGUUUAGCCUCUGAAAACUCCGUCUUGCUGGUUCCUAUGGAUCAAGAAGACGACGCAACCCAUUCACAUUCUUUUGGUUCUUUUUCUUUCCUAACCUUUGCGCUCUAAUCUGAAUCUACCGGAUCCAGAUCCACCCAUCUCUGAAAAAUGGUAAUCAACCCAAACCCUUCUUAGCCCUAAAAUCCCAAUUCCCGAAAUGCCAUGUUUUCUUCAUCCCCCACCUAACCCCACUUCUCUAAUCCUUCUGGGUAUUCCCCAAUUCGCAAAAAGACAUGGUCUUUGCUAGAAUCGCUUCACUUGUCUCCACCAAAUUCCCCAAUUCAAAGUCUUCCCCUUCUCUAUCCAACAACAUCCGAAUCUCUUCCUCUCUCCAGGACCUCUCCUCGUACCGCCAUGUUGACGCCACGCUACCCCUUCACAAGCUUCCAACACCCUCCUCUUCCUCGCGCCGCAGAUGCCUCAAAGUCGCACUCUUCCUCGCAUCGUUCUUCCUCCUAACGUACCUCGUCUUCUUCCUCCUUUACUCCUAUUGGAACCAUGGCUCCGGCAAGUACUACGUUGUACUCGAUUGCGGCAGCACCGGCACGCGCGUUUUUGUCUACCACGCUUCCGUUCGGUUCCAACGUCGUAGCAAUCUUCCAAUUGUUGUUGACUCCUUGAGGAAUAGCUUGCAAAAGAAGCCUAGUGGUCGUGCCUAUGAUCGAGUGGAGACCGAGCCUGGAAUUGAUAAACUAGUGCGCAACGUGACUGGGUUGCAGAAGGCGUUGAAGCCGUUGCUUAGGUGGGCCAAGAAGAAGAUUCCACUUCAUGCUCAUAAGUCUACUUCGUUGUUUCUCUGUGCCACUGCUGGGGUGAGGAGGCUUCCGGUUAUUGAUUCUAUGUGGCUGUUAGAUAAUGCUUGGACUGUGCUUAAAAACUCUCCCUUUAUUUGUGAGAGGGAUUGGGUUAGGAUUAUCUCAGGCCCCGAGGAGGCUUAUUUUGGGUGGAUUGCCCUUAAUUAUGAUAGUGGCAUUUUGGGGGCUAGGCCUAGGAAGGCUACUUAUGGGGCACUUGACUUGGGUGGUUCUUCCUUGCAGGUCACGUUUGAGAGUGACCAACAGAUGAAUAAUGAUACUAGUUUGUAUGUUAGCAUUGGAUCUGUGAGACAUCAUCUCACUGCAUAUUCCCUCCCGGGUUACGGUCUGAAUGAGGCGUUUGGUAAGUCUGUGGACUAUCUAUAUAGGAAAGAGUUUGCUUUAGGUAAUGUUGUUGUAGGUAGUGGUGGAAAUAUUGAGUUGAAACAUCCUUGCUUGCAGGAUGGGUAUAAGGAUGAAUACUUUUGUUCUCGUUGUUCAUCUAAUAACAAAGGUGGGAAAGAAUUGAGUGGGGGUGGAGGGUUGGGAACUUCAUUAGUGCUUGUUGGUGCUCCUAAUUGGAAGGAGUGCAGUGCACUAGCGAAAGUUGCUGUAAAUUUGUCUGAAUGGUAUGAUCUUGGCGCAGGGCUUGAUUGUGCAGCGCAGCCUUGUGCAUUGCGUGACAGUAUGCCUCGCCCCUAUGGACAUUUUUAUGUGAUUUCUGGAUUUUAUGUUGUAUUUAGGUUUUUCAACUUGACUUCUGAGGCCACUCUUGAUGAUGUGUUGGCAAAGGGUAAGGAUUUUUGUGAAAAGAGAUGGGAUGUUGCAAAGACAAGUGUUGCUCCGCAACCCUUUAUUGAUCAGUAUUGCUUUAGGGCACCCUACAUUACCUCUUUGCUGAGGGAGGGUUUGCACAUUAAUGAUAAUCAGGUAAGUGUUGGCUCCGGAAGUAUCACUUGGACACUUGGGGUUGCCUUGUUGGAAGCUGGAAAGGCAUUCUCCACUAGAUUUGGGAUUCGUGACUUGGAGUUGUUCCGGUUCAAGAUAAAUCCUCUUGCUUUUGUGCCUAUUCUGUUGGUUUCUUUUAUUCUACUUCUUUGUGCUUUAUCAUGUAUUGGCAACUGGAUGCCAAGGUUUGUCCGGAGGCAAUAUCUUCCCAUUUCCAGGCUUAACAGUGUUUCUGGGGCUUCUGUUCUUAACAUGCAAUCUCCUUUUCGGUUCCAGCAUUGGAGUCCAGUGAACUCUGGGGAUGGAAGGUCAAAGAUGCCACUGAGCCCAAAAAUUACAGAUUCACAACAAAGUCCGUUUGGUCUGGGGCAUGGGCUUGAUGACAACAAUGGUGGCAUCGAGCUUAUGAAGUCUUCAUCGUACCCAUCAGCUAGUAAUGUCUCACACAGUUAUUCCUCAAACAGUUUAGGGCAGAUGCAAUUUGAGAAUAGCAACAUGGGUGCCUUCUGGUCCUCCUACAGGAGUCAGAUGCAUCUGCAGAGUAGGCGAUCGCAGUCUCGAGAAGACCUCAAUUCCUCAUUGGCUGAAGUUCAAAAUUUCAAGAGUUAGGAAAUCAACUUCUGAAAACAUUGGUAUGAUUUCGAAAAUUUCAUCCUUUUAAAACGUCAUUGUUUCCUUUGAGUUUUGCUUUAUCAAAUUUUCCCAGGGAUUCUUCUCUGUAACAUACUAACAUCUGUAAGUAAAUACAUAUUUUUUGUUGAAUAUUCUUUCUGUAUUUAA